UCUCGUUUCUGGUUGCGGGAGGAAAGCCUCGCCUGACGCGCACAAAAAGCAGCCUGAAAAGCAAAAAAGGAGGAGCUAGGCCGCCUGGUACUACUACGCAGCGCAGGAAAAGCCGAAAGCGGAUGGCCGGCGAGGGCGCCGCCGCCUCUGCGGCGGCAGCGGAGGUAGCAGCAGAUUGGCGCGACGGGUGGCGCGGCGGCGAGCUGUUGGGGGCGUGGGAGGCGGUGCGCGCGGGGGCCGUGGCGCCGGCGCUCGCGGCCCUGUCGCGCGUGUGCCUCGCCAUGUCGGCCAUGCUGCUCGUCGAGGCCGUGUUCCUGGCCGCCGCCAGCCACGCUCGCCGCCGCCCCGAGCGGAGGUACCGCGCGGACCCGCUCGGCGGCGGCGGCGCCCACGACGACGGCGAGGACGAGGAGGCCGGCCUCCUGGGCUACCCCAUGGUGCUCGUCCAGAUUCCCAUGUUCAACGAGAGGGAGGUGUACAAGCUAUCGAUUGGAGCAGCGUGCGGGCUGUCGUGGCCGUCGGAUAGGAUCAUUGUACAGGUUCUAGACGAUUCCACGGAUCCAACAGUCAAGGAUCUGGUGGAGCUCGAAUGCAAGUUUUGGGCUAACGAAGGCAAGAACGUAAAAUAUGAGGUGAGAAACACUCGUGAAGGAUACAAGGCUGGUGCGUUGAAAGAGGGGAUGCUGCAUGCUUAUGUCCAACGGUGUGAUUUCCUUGCUGUUUUUGAUGCCGAUUUCCAACCAGAACCUGACUUCCUCAUGAGAACUAUCCCAUAUCUUGCGCGCAAUCCACAAAUUUCUCUUGUUCAAGCACGCUGGGAAUUCGUUAAUCCCAAUGAGUGCCUGAUGACAAGGAUACAGAAGAUGACACUAGAUUAUCACUUUAAAGUAGAGCAGGAAGCAGGUUCAUCCACCUUUGCCUUCUUUGGUUUUAAUGGAACUGCUGGGGUCUGGAGAAUUUCUGCCAUCAAGGAAGCUGGGGGCUGGGAUGAUCGAACCACAGUUGAAGACAUGGAUUUGGCAGUCAGAGCAGGCCUGAAAGGAUGGAAAUUUGUCUAUGUUGGCGAUGUUAAGGUAAAAAGUGAACUUCCAAGUAAUCUGAAGGCAUAUCGUCGUCAACAACACCGUUGGACAUGUGGGGCAGCUAAUUUAUUCCGGAAGAUGGGAGCAGAGAUAUUGCUUACUAAGGAGGUAUCAUUUUGGAGGAAGCUUUAUUUGCUAUACAGCUUCUUCUUUGUGAGGAAGGUUGUUGCUCAUGUGGUACCUUUCAUGCUCUACUGUGUAGUGAUCCCGUUAUCGGUUCUAGUUCCCGAGGUCACAAUUCCUGUAUGGGGCAUGGUCUAUAUUCCAACAGCAAUAACUCUAUUAUAUGCCAUAAGAAAUCCAAGUUCUAUCCACUUCAUACCAUUCUGGAUCCUCUUCGAGAAUGUUAUGUCGUUUCACCGUACAAAGGCGAUGUUCAUCGGUUUGCUCGAGCUAGGGAGCGUGAACGAGUGGGUGGUCACAGAGAAACUUGGCAGUUCAACCAACACAAAGCCCAUAUCUCAGAUACUCGAAAGGCCUCGCUGCAGGUUCUGGGACAGAUGGACUAUGUCAGAAAUUUUGUUUGCAGCUUUCCUUUUCUUUUGCGCGACCUACAACUUGGUGCAUGGAGGCGACUUCGAAUGCAUCUACAUAUAUCUACAGGCUAUAACAUUUCUCAUUGUUGGCACUGGUUUCUGCGGAAUCUCCAACUCAUAGCAUCAUAGCAACUGACCCAACAGAAGGAAUUAUUCACCAUAGGCCAGCAUGAUGUAAUAACCUCAUUUGUAAUACCACAAUUCCACAAAGCAAAAUGGCGCCUGUUUUUUUUUUCUUUUAGAAAAGGCUGCUGGGAAUGUACAAUGCCAUACCCCUUACAUGUAACUGUGCUUCUUCCGAGUUCAAUUUUUCUGGAGUUUGAUUCUUGUUAUUGUUAUUUUCCAAAAAGGAGGAAAA